GUCACACAAUAACACGGAAGUAGCUUCCAAAACGAAGAAGCCUGAAGAUUUGUCUUUUAGAUGAAUGUGUAUGAAUAUUUGACAGAGUAUUUGGCAGAGUAUUCCUGUUAAUUAUGAAGACUAAAACUUAAUUUUUUAGACUAAAACACACAAACAAAUGUAACGUGACAUGUUCCGUUGAGGUAACUAGUUGGUUUAUAUGGUGGUGUCUCUUUGUGUCUUAUAAACAAAAAAAAAAGCUCAAUGGAGAAAUACUCACUCCUCAAAGUCAUCGGAGAAGGAUCCUUCGGUCGAGCUGUGUUAGUCCGUUGUAAAGACAGUCAGGAACAAUAUGUGGUGAAGGAAAUCCAGCUGCCAAAGAAUCAGUCCAAAUUGGAGAAUUCGAGGAGAGAGGCCGUCCUGCUGUCCAGAAUGAAACACCCUCACAUCGUGGCCUUCCGGGAGACUUUCGAAGCUGAUGACCUCCUGUGCAUAGUUAUGGAGUACUGCAGUGGAGGAGAUCUGCUCCAGAGGAUUCGGCAACAGAAAAGCACCCAGUUCUGCGUUGAGAAUAUUUUAAGGUGGUUUGCUCAGAUGUGCGCAGGUGCAAAGCAUAUCCACGAUAAGCGGGUUUUGCACAGAGAUCUUAAGUCCAAGAACAUUUUCUUGACAGAUAAUGGCACGAUCAAGCUCGGGGACUUUGGCUCUGCUUGUAUUCUGAACAGCUCGCAGGCUCACGCUCAUACAUACGUCGGGACGCCGUAUUAUGUGGCGCCGGAAAUCUGGGACAACAAGCCGUACAACAAUAAGAGUGAUGUGUGGUCUCUGGGCUGCGUUCUCUACGAGCUGUGCACCCUGCGACACCCGUUCCAGGCGCCCAGCUGGAAGAGCCUGAUCCUGAAGGUGUGCCGAGGCGCGUACCCUCCGCUCCCCGGCCACCUGCCCUACGAGCUGCAGCACUUGGUCAAGCAGAUGUUCAAGACGAACCCAAAGGACAGGCCGUCCCUGCACACCAUCCUCAACUCUCACCGGGCGUCCAGGCUCAUUCGUUCGCAUCUGCCCUCCCAGGCCGCGGACGUGGAGGAGCCGCGGAGGCGAAAGGGUCGCUGGAACAGGGAAGAGGGCAAGAAGGUGGCCGAUCUUCUGGGGGAGAAGAGUUUAUUGAAAACAUCCACGCUCGAAGGUGUGGAGUCACCCAAAGGCUGCAGUGAAAGCGGGGAGGCCGGCCCUCGAAAGCAGUGGCCCACCGAGCCGUCGCACGCCGUGCUGCAGGUGCUGGCCAACGCCAGCCUGGCUUCCUCCGGGUCGACCUGCGCAAGUGUGUCAGAGGAGCCGGAGGACGGCGGGCAGAGGAGACGGUGGGAGAGGGAUGCUCCCGAGAGGCUCCUGAGUCUGUUGGAGAAAGCCCAGCUGAGCAGAGCCUUCAGCACGUUUAUAAUAAACAAAGGAGGUGAGAACCCUCUCGUGGGACCACUCACGCAGCCGCAGGGUGACGACACAGACGGCGCCGAGUCAGCGGUAACUGUGGACGAGUCCCGGCUGCAGCCGCGCUCUGACGACGAGGACACGGACUUCGAGGAAGAUUCCCCGUGUGACUGGAUACACGAAGUUGAGAAAAUGUUUUCGCAACACUGAAGCCACUUUCCCUCAGAGUUCUGAGAACUUUUUUUUUUUUUUUUUUUUUUGCCCGUGCCAAUAUCAUUUGUUAUAAAAAAAAAAAUGUCAUUUUGUCUCAUCCAAGUUUACAGAAAAUCCAGCUAAGCUCAGACAAUACAAUUGUUAACGAAUGUGUUCCACGGUUUCGGUUAACUCUAGAUUGCUCCCACACUGCGACUCUAAAUUGUUAUUUUUCUUCUUCUAAAAUCCUUUUUUUCUUUGUCUACAUGAAGAUGUUUGUUGUGUCUGAUCUGUUUCUGAUUUAAUUUGGAACAUCUGCUGCAUGUUGAUGAUAACAUUCCCCGGUAGACUGAGGCCGGCUGGAAGCUCCUGUUUGGCUCGUCUGGAAGCAGGAAAUAUGAGACUUGUCAAAGAAGCUAGUUUUCAAGCCGGCCUGCGACAUUUAAAGUUCAUUUCCUCUGCAAUGUCCAAAGCAGACUAAACAUGUUCAGUCAUGGCGUUCCUUGGCUUUUAUUCCCCUGACAAGACACUAAUAAACCAUACAUCAGGCCUCUCUA